CCCCCGACUCAGCCGCGCGUUCGUGUCGGUUGCCGCCGCCGACGACGUCGUUUGCCCACCAGUGUUCCCGUCGUAUUGAACCGCUUAUACCGCGGCGCAGCACAGAAACACCGCAUACACCUAACACACACGCGGGCGCGAUAAUAAACGUUCUUUUAUAAUAAUAGUAUGUAUAUUAUGAUAAUAUUAAUUUAAUAUUUUAAUUCGGUAUACAUAUUAUUUAUUGUAUUCUUGCACGAGCGUAUUUUUCGCUUCGUUUUUGAAUUCCCCUCCGCUAAUCGACUCGUGUCAGUAACUGAAUCAGCAAACUGAUUCAGACGGGGCCACAUAGUGUUUUUACUAGACAGUCCAUAUAGUAUUUAUUUUUCCGCACAAAAUCUGUCUUCGUACUAAGAAUACAAUAUUAUGUGAACUUGGCGUAAGUCUGUAACAAAGGAGACCCCACAAGUCGACAGAAGAAGAAUAAAACAGAUCAAGAGGAACCGUCGAUUACUGAUUUCAAACGGCCGUCGUCGUUAUACACAUUAGUAGCCGCAGUCAAAGUAGACGCACGAAAUUUUUGUCAACGUUACUGUUUCGCAGACGAUACAUCUAAUAUGGACACUGCUACGUUUUUCGUUGAGGGCACUGCCAAUCAAUUCGAGCACGUACUCUCACUCUACCCGCAAGCGUUGCGCCUCAAAGCCGAGACCAAAACGAAAAAGCCCGAAGACCUCAUCAAGCUGGACAAUUGGUAUCAGAAUGAAUUACCUGGAAAAAUUAAGUCUAGGGGAAAAGACGCACAUUUAAAUCACGAAGAAAUUUGUCAAAUAAUGAAAUGGAAGCAAACAAGAGGAAAAACAUUUCCUCAAUUGAAUUACUUAAUUAAAGUGAACACACCACGUGCUGUUAUGGCUGAGACAAAGAAAGCUUUCAAAAAAUUACCCAAUUUAGGACUUGCACUUACAGCGUUAAGUAAUUUGAAAGGUGUUGGAACCACAAUGGCCUCAGCUUUGUUAGCAGCUGCUGCACCAGACAAAGCUCCUUUUAUGGCUGACGAAUGUCUAAAAGCAAUUCCAGCUAUUGAAGGAAUUGAUUAUACUGCUAAAGAAUAUUUGAACUUUGUAGCUCAUAUUCAGAACACAGUGGAAAGACUUAAUAGUGAAUGUAGUGAAAAUACAUGGAAUCCACAUUCAGUAGAAUUAGCAUUGUGGACACAUUAUGUGGCAAAUGAAUUCAAACCUGAACUUUUAAAUAGUGUUCCAGAAGCACCUAAGAAGCCAAUUAGUGAACAAACUAAUACCGAUGCUCAUACUAAUGGCAAUGUUAAUCAAACAAAGUUAGAUGAACCAACAUCUGAUGAAAGUAAUCCUGAGCCAUUACCACCAUCCAAUGGUCAUCAAUUAACAAUUGAAGAUGAUUCUCGUGAUAAAUCUGAAGAUGAUAUCACCAAUGACUCUAUAACAACAUCAGAAUCAGCUCAAACUCCACUUGCUGAAGCUUUAACAGAGGACUCAUCUAGUUUGCCUGCCCCUGAUGAACCCCCUGUAAAAAAAUUCAAAAAUGAAGGCCAGACAGUGGCUGCAGAAGCCAAUGGCAACUAAAUUGGUUAAAUGGUUUUAAUUAUGCCAAAUGGACCACCAUAGGUUUAUAAUUUUAGUGACGAGUUAAUAUUGGAGAAAAUAUUGUUUGAAACAAAAUAAAUUGAUAAAAAAAAACUCCAUAUUUAUCAGACUUAAUGAUGUAAUUAUAACUUACAGUUAUAUAAUUUUAUUUACAUAUAAAAUAUUUCACCAUUUAAAAAUGGGCAACAAUUUAAU